CUAUUGAGAAUAUGAGAUUGAAUGUAAUAAAUCAGGUCUUUCCAGAAUGAGACAGUGAAGGAGCAUCUCCAGAAUAAGUGGAAUGUUGUCUCGUUGUCCAGAUUACAGAACGAGCAGCUACGGUCUAUAUCCUGGCACAGGUUUAUUUUUGCAUGGUAGCACGAUGGAGAAGUUUGAAGCACACAUCACUAGUUCACCUUCAUGCCCUGAACAGAGAGCUGCAGGAUGAUCUGUUGUUUCUACAUGGAGGAUCCAUCAUAUCAGAGCUGAUGAGGUCAGAGGUUAGAGAUUAUGAUCCACCACAAAUUUUCUCUACACAGAGGAUGUCUGGAUUUAACUUCUCUGUGUUUUUAACGUUUGUUUUUGUGGUUUGUUCGACGGUUCAGGUUAAAACAGAAACUGAGAUCUUCUGCGUUUUCAUGCAGCGCUGCGUUUUACUGUGCAGCUUCCAAGGCAGCUCUGAUGUGUUCAUCCACUGGUUUCAGCUGAAAGCUGGAUUACUUCGUGUCCACUCAUACUAUAAUAAUAUGGACCAACUGGAUCUCCAGAACCAGAACUUUAAGAACCGAACGUCCCUGUUCCAGGAUCAGCUGUCCAGAGGAAACGCCUCCCUGCUGCUGACCGGAGUGAAGGUCGAAGAUCAGAGCAGAUACCGCUGUUACUGCGGCACCAUCAGCGAAAGCAAGAACACAUUUCUUCAGCUCAGUGUGGACGCUCCAGUCUCUGACAUCAGGAUCCAUCAGGAUGGAAACAGGAUCACCUGCAGCUCAGAGGGGAUCUACCCUCCACCUGAACUCACCUGGUCCACUGAGCCUCCAUCCAACACGACUCUGCAUGAAAGUACCAGGAUCCAGGAAACUGAAGAUAAACUUUACAACAUCAGCAGCUCUCUGACGGUUCCAGACGGUUCUGAUCGGACCUACAGCUGCACCAUCAGAACCAGGAGGAACCAGAAGAGAGCAACACUGAGACAGGAAAGUGUGAUCGUCUCCAGCAGACAGACGUCUCUCUCCUGCUUCGCCUCAAACGUUUCAGUAUCAAAGCUUCUCUGGAGGUUUAACCACAGUCAGGUCAUCGUGAGCCGGAGCGGUCAGAGCAGAGCCACGGUGACAGAGGAGUGGAAACGUCACGUGAAGAGCGUCUCAGAGUCCGGCGGCCUCAGUCAGCAGGAUUUAUCUCCUCAGCAGGACGGGAUUUACACCUGUGAGCUCAGCAACCAGGAAGAAACCUUCGUAAGCAGCACCUUCCUGAAGGUGGAGGAGGACCGAGGAGGAACAAGACGCCAUCCAGGUGUUUCCAUCGCUGUAGCAGCAGCAGCAGUAAUAAUCCUUUGUGUGGUUCUGAUUCUCUGCAGGAACCAAAAAGAUCUGGACCUGCUGACACUAAUCAAUAAAAAACUGUCAGUGAUUUAUUUAGCAUCCUGGUGCGCCCCCAGGCCAUGCCGCCCGGGGCAGAAGGCCAACAGGACUGACACCGACAUGUGUUCCUUCUUGCCAGAGGUUUCCUGCGUCUUCCUGCAGCUCUGCGUUUUACCCUGCAGCUUCCAGAGCCACGGCGAUGAUGUCAUCCACUGGUUUCACCACAAAGGAUCCAAACUCAGAGUUCACUCUUAUUACCACAACCAGGACCAGAACUUCAGAGGCAGGACCUCUCUGUUUCUGGAUCAGAUCUCCAGAGGAAACGCCUCGCUGCUGCUGACAGGGGUCAAAGUUCAGAAUGAAGGAUUCUACAGGUGCUACACCAGCACCAUCUAUGAGAACCGGGAUACCUUCAUGAACCUUUUAGUAAACGCUCCAGUUUCUACAAUCAGGAUCCAUCAGGAUGGAAACAGGAUCACCUGCAGCUCAGAGGGGAUCUACCCUCAACCUGAACUCACCUGGUCCACUGAGCCUCCAUCCAACACGGUUCUGCAUGAAAGUACCAGGAUCCAGGAAACUGAAGAUAAACUUUACAACAUCAGCAGCUCUCUGACGGUUCCAGACGGUUCUGAUUGGACCUACAGCUGCACCAUCAGAACCAGGAGGAACCAGAGGAGAGCAACUUUCAGGAAACUAUCUGUCAGUGUUUCGGGCGGAGUUUCCACGAUCCCCUGCUUGGCUCCAGUCUCGUCCCUCCAGAACUUCUCUCUCACCUGGAGGUUCAACCACAGCCAGACCGUCGCCACCCAGACAGCCGGCUCCACCUUCACAGCGUCAGACGGGUGGAGGAAACGGGUGGAGGGCGUCUCCGAGUCCGGCAGCCUCACGCUGAGCGGCUUGUCCUCCAGUCAGGACGGCGUUUACAGCUGUGAGCUCAGCGAUGAAGAGCAGACGCUCGUCACCGACAUCCUGCUGACGACGCAGGAAGGAGGUCACGGCAAGGUCGCAGUACUCGUCUUCUGUGUGCUGACAGUCAUCGUAUUAGCUGCGCUGCUCGUAGCCUCCCUGAUGGUCCAUGAAAAGAACCAACCAGAACCUAACUCAGUCUGUCUGCAGACUGAGUUAGAGAUGCUGCAAUCCGCCUCCACACCAGUGUCUCCAUCUGCAGAGUCAACAUCUUGACCUCCACCAAGAAGAAGCUUCUCCAGAAGAGCUUCAUUCAACUGAACUAAAGCACUUUGGGUAAAACACCAACAAAAGAGCUGAAAGUCCAAAUGAACCACACAAGAAAAGAUCCGCAAAGUUUGUCAGUUAUGUAGAAAAUCCUGCUUACAGGAUCGUUAGUCCAUUUCGGUACCAAAUUCUAAACUUUCAAAUGAAACCUUUGAGGUAAAAUGUUUGAUCAGAUUGGAGGACAUUUGAACUGGCCGUGUCUGAACCUGCUGGUUUCAGACCAGAGAAAGCAUGAGGCGAUGGUGGGCAGGAACAACUCCCAGCAGAACCAGGAUGUGUAUUCAUCGAGUUCUGACCUGGAAAUGUUCGGAUGCAGGAAAAGAACCCAGAUCUUCCAGUUAUACUCUGGAAAAUCUCAGUUUUCCACCUAACUCUCUGGAUCUCUGUCACCUUUUGUUGAAAAUGUCCAACUUCAUCCGGUCAAAGCAAAACUUAAGUUUCUGUGUUUAGUCAUGAAUGACUGUUUUGUCACGCAGGAACAUAAGUAUCGAUAACGUUUGUGUGUGAACAUUUGUGCAGCCUUAAUUUGUUCCAUCAUGUUUUUUUAGAUGCAAACAGAAAUAUGUUCAAUGUUCUUCAUGAUAUUUUGUAAUUUUACAAAAUAUAUGUUUUGCUCAUUCUGUUUGCUGACGUUUCCUGAGAAUAGCAACAGUUGCUCAAAUGUUGCCAAACCAGAAGUUGUGUGUUGGUUUUAAAGACAUGAGAAAGAACCAAACAGCUUUUUACUGACUCAGCAAGAUCAGUUAAAUCAGUAUGAAUUAUUUACACCCAACGGGUUUCUGCUCUCUGGAAAGUCUAAGAUGUGAUUGAUAAUAUUUAAUUUUGCCUGCAUUGUAUGGCUGUUUUAUGCUUUUCUUAUUAUUUAUGAUUUUUUUGGAAAUGUUUGUUUAAACUCAUUAAAAUGAGACAGUAGAGAAGGUUUUUGGUAUUUUGUCUU